CCCUUUUGCCUUUUGCCGUCUCUUCCUAAAACCCUAAUUCUCAGCUUUGGGGUUUCACAUUUCACACUUCUCACAAGAACCCAUCACUACUCACUCUUCACCUAUAUCUGAAAAUGAUCAGCACAGUACUCCGCCGAUCUUUCCUCGGUACGUCAAGACAUACCCUCGCGACUUCGGUGACCUCCGUUAACGCGGCUCUGUUUCAUCACCUCGCUCCAUCCGCCGCCGCCACAGCCACAGUCUCCGAUCUAGCAAAUGGGGAUACUAAUGUCAAGCCUCUCCUUCCGAAUUCGAACCCGUUUGGUGUUAAAGUGAGAGACUUUCAUGUUAAAUCUGUGCCCUCGGAGUUUAGAUCGUCGAUUGCUUCUCCUGCUGGGUUCGCGGCUCAAGAGUACGCUGCUUCGUAUGAGAGUAGCGAUGGUGGUGAUUCAGAAGGUGUUGGUAGUAGCAGUGGUGGUGAUGGGCUUGCGAUAUCUGAGCUUGGAAUAUCUCCGGAGAUUGUUAAAGCUUUAAAGGCUAGGGGUAUUGAGAAACUCUUUCCUAUUCAGAAAGCUGUGUUGGAGCCAGCGAUGCAAGGUCGGGAUAUGAUUGGUCGUGCAAGGACUGGAACAGGAAAGACACUUGCUUUUGGGAUUCCCGUUAUUGACAAAAUCAUCAAAUUCAACGCUAAACAUGGUCGUGGAAAGAAUCCUCAAUGCUUGGUUUUGGCACCGACAAGGGAGCUUGCUCGCCAGGUUGAGAAAGAGUUUAGGGAAUCUGCUCCAAGCUUGGAUACUAUUUGUCUUUAUGGAGGUACACCUAUCGGACAGCAAAUGAGGGAGCUGAACUAUGGUAUUGAUGUGGCGGUUGGAACUCCAGGUCGUAUCAUUGAUCUGAUGAAAAGAGGAGCUUUGAAUCUAUCAGAAGUUCAGUUUGUGGUUCUGGACGAAGCUGAUCAGAUGCUUCAAGUUGGAUUUGCAGAAGAUGUCGAAAUAAUAUUGCAAAAGUUGCCAGAGAAACGUCAGAGCAUGAUGUUUUCUGCAACAAUGCCUAGUUGGAUCAGAUCUCUUACCAAAAAGUACCUGAAUAAUCCUUUGACAAUCGAUCUUGUUGGAGAUUCAGAUCAGAAACUUGCAGAUGGGAUUACAAUGUAUUCUAUAGCUGCAGAUUCUUAUGGAAGAGCAUCCAUCAUUGGUCCUCUUGUAACGGAGCAUGGCAAAGGAGGAAAAUGCAUUGUCUUUACCCAAACAAAACGGGAUGCAGAUCGCCUUGCAUAUGGAUUGGCGAGAAGCUUUAAAUGUGAGGCUUUACACGGUGACAUAUCACAAGCCCAGAGAGAAAGAACACUUGCUGGUUUCAGGGAUGGGAACUUCAAUAUUCUUGUUGCAACUGAUGUUGCGGCCCGUGGACUUGAUGUACCUAACGUCGAUUUGGUUAUUCAUUAUGAGCUUCCUAAUAACACAGAGACCUUUGUUCACCGAACGGGGCGAACAGGUCGUGCUGGAAAGAAAGGAAGCGCAAUUCUCAUCCACGGUCAAGAGCAAUCCAGGGCUGUUAAAAUGAUUGAGAAGGAAGUCGGAAGCAGAUUCAAUGAGCUCCCUAGCAUUGCUGUGGAAAGAGGUAGUGCAAGCAUGUUUGAAGGAAUAGGUGCUCGGUCUGGUGGGUCUUCCUUUGGAGGAGGACGAUCAGGUGGUGGUAGUUAUGGUGGUUAUGGUGGCAGCAGUGGCCGUUCAGGUGGUGGUAGUUACGGUGGUUAUGGUGGCGGAGGUGGCCGUUCAGGCGGAUCAAGCAGCCGGUACUCUGGUGGUUCAGACCGCUCAUCUGGUUUUGGAAGCUUUGGUUCAGGCGGUUCAGACCGUUCUUCAGGAGGUUUUGGGGGAUUUAGUUCUGACCGUUCUUCUCAGUCAAGUGGAAGGAGCAGCUUUGGUGGGUUUGGAUCAAACGAUGGUAAAAGAUCAUACUGAGAAGUGUUGGAUUGGUUUUGACCCGAUCCGGCAAUAAUGGAGUUGACUUAGUAGAACUCAGUAUGAGUUGAGUAGUUUAACAAGGAGUCGAGCUAUAUAUAAAUCUGUAGCUACUUCUUGCCUCAUAAACAAACAUAAGUUAUAUCAUUAUUUCAUAUUCUCUAAUUUAUUUGUAUUUCUCAAUUCGAGUGAAAAGUGUUCCUUUGUUUCGCCA